AUGGAUGAACUUUCUUAUAGUAUGGAGAACGUAUCUUUGAUGGAUAUUGACUCAUUAAAUAAAGAAAACAUCACUCCUGGUAAUUCUCCUAAAAGAAACAGAUUCAACAAUAUUAAAAUACUGUCAAAGACUCAAAGAUUAAGUAAUGUUUGUCAAUUAUAUUUCCUUGAUUAUUAUUGUGACAAAUUUGAUUAUAUUAUCAAUAGAAGAGAAAGAAGUGAUUUAGUUAAGAAUAAGAUCGAUGAUUUACCAAUUCAACAACAAAGAAUGGAAUGGAAAAACUAUAUUAGUAGAGAAAGAGCAUAUUUAAGAAAGAAAAGAUUGAAACCUAAACAUAAGGAUUUUGAAAUGAUCACUCAAGUUGGUCAAGGUGGUUAUGGACAAGUUUUCUUAGCUAGAAAGAAAGAUACUAAAGAGAUUUGUGCUUUAAAGAUUUUAAAUAAGAACUUAUUGAUUAAAUUGAAUGAAACUAAACAUGUAUUAACUGAAAGAGAUAUUUUAACAAACACCAGAUCUGAUUGGUUAGUUAAAUUAUUAUAUGCUUUCCAAGAUAGCGAAAAAGUGUUCUUAGCUAUGGAAUUCGUUCCUGGUGGAGAUUUCAGGACUUUAUUAAAUAAUACUAAUUAUUUAAUUCCUCCUCAUUCAAGAUUUUAUAUAAGUGAAAUGUUUAUGGCAGUUAAUUCUUUACAUGAAUUGGGAUAUAUUCAUAGAGAUUUAAAGCCAGAGAACUUCUUAAUCGAUUCAAAAGGUCAUAUUAAAUUAACUGAUUUUGGUUUAGCUUCAGGAUCAAUUUCUAAUGAAAGAAUUGAAAGUAUGAAAUUGAAAUUGAAAAAUUUCAAUGGCAAUUCAACUUUCAAUAAAUUCGAAUUACCUUCAAUUAAUAUCAACGAAAGACAGAAAAUAUUCAGAAAUUAUCAAAAUUCCAAUUCCAAUUUUGCUAAUUCUAUUGUUGGAUCACCUGAUUAUAUGGCAUUAGAUGUGUUAGAAGGGUCAAAUUAUGAUUUUACUAUUGAUUAUUGGUCAUUAGGAUGUAUAUUAUUUGAAAGUCUUUGUGGAUAUCCACCAUUUUCAGGAUCUAAACAAGAAGAAACUUAUUAUAAUUUGAAAAAUUGGGAAAAGACUUUAAGAAGACCUCAAACUAAAGACGGAAGAUUCGUUUUCAGUGAUAGAACUUGGGAAUUAAUCAAAAGAUUAAUAACACAUCCAAACUUAAGAUUCAAAAACUUUAAUCAAAUCAAAAAGAUGCUGUAUUUCAAUGAUAUUCAAAGUUGGGACAAUUUGAGAAACAAAAAUCCUCCAUUUACUCCUCAAUUAGAUAAUGAAGAAGACGCGGGAUACUUUGAUGAUUUCGAAGAUGAAGAAUCCAUGAUGAAGUACAAAGAUGUUUUCGAAAGACAAAAUUAUAAUGAAAAAUUGAUGAUGAACUCUAAGAAUUUCAAAAAUUCAAAUUUUAUCGGAUUUACAUUUAAACAUAAAUUAAAUCCAAAUAACAAAUUCAAUGAUUUGAAUAUAAAUAUCAGUGGUAAUCCAUUGUCAACGUUGUAUUGA